AUUCCUUCUUCUUCUUCUCUCUCUUUCUCUCUCCAGAAUACUCAGAAACAACUCCUGCAGAAAAAAAAAAAAAAAAAAAAAAAACAAGAAAAAGCAAAGUUCUUCUUCAUCAUUGCUCUUCCUUCUUCAAUGGCUGCAGAAUCCAACCCAGCAAGCUCCUCUCACAACCUAACAAUUCUCGUCGAAAAAAACCCAUCUGAAUCCCGCCUAAAGGAACUCAACAUCAAGUGCUGGCCCAAAUGGGGUUGCUCACCGGGAAAGUACCAGCUGAAAUUUGAUGCGGAAGAAACAUGCUAUUUAGUGAAAGGAAAGGUGAAGGUAUACCCUAAAGGGUCGCCGGAGUUUGUGGAGUUCGGCGCCGGAGACCUGGUGACAAUCCCAAAGGGACUGAGUUGCACUUGGGAUGUCUCUGUUGCUGUCGACAAAUACUACAAAUUCGAAUCAUCGUCGUCAUCGUCAUGAUCAUCAUCAUCUUCUUCUCCUCCUUCUUGUUGAUUAAUUAUAAUUAUUCUUUCACAAAAAAGAUUUUUUUUUUUUUUUUUUUUUUUUGUUUUUGGUGUGGGUGUUGUAGUUAAUAUCUUUAGUCAAAGAAAGGGAACACAAUUAGUCAAUGCAUGUCCCAUUCAAACUAAUUUAUCUUUACGUGUUUAAGUAAAGUAUUUAUUGCUCGCUCC